GCCUGUCAUACUGUAGUGUUAUAGGUAAGGAAACCUCAGACCUAACUAUAUCCACCACAGCUAUAGGACAGGCAACAAGUGUUUACUACUACAGGAGCAUAUACAGGACAGUACUUCAACCAGUUACAGUGUAUACCUCAACUACGUUACAAAUGUGCAAAAAUUCUUGAGGAUUUUUUAUAUACAUAAAGGGAGAGAGAUAUUAUAGGAUUUAAAGAAAAAAAGAAAAAUUUGUAACAUCCAAAUAUUUUCAAAAGAGUGAUGAUAUGAAAAAACCAACGCUUUUUACUGCAGCAACUAUAUAGUGUCUCAACAUUAGUAUUACAGUUCCUAAAUGAAACAGUGUUUAAUAGAUUCAGUUUUGGAUUUUCGUUUGAACAUUAUAAUGAAUUGUGUUUUGGGAUGUAAGAAAGCCAUUCUACCAGUUUGUAGUACACCUGUGAAUAGAGCGCCAUAAUCUAAAGUUUUCUACAGAAACUGUGGAAUUUAUCCCUACAACUUUCAGAUUUUAUAAUAAAAGGUGUGGUAAAACAUAAGAGCAAUGAUGGAGUAUUGCACCAGAAUAAACCUGGUAUUCUGCCGACAGUGCUAUCUUCUCACCUGGUCAGCUGUUUUCCUUAGUCUUGUGGCCACCGCCCAACCACUACAGUCUUGGAGAAAAGAUUCAGGAUGUGCAGAUGGUUCAUUCGGAUAUAUUUUUGGCAACGAUGACAUGGCUAAAUGUCGUGGACAGUGGCAGGGCCAUAUUAGAAACAGCAGCCAGUUGUGUGCCCCGGGAUGGGGUGUGUGUUCUUGGCAGGAUGCAGGACGUCUACGAAAUAUACGAUGGGAGGAUGCUGUGUCAAUACAUGGUUGCUUUGCCUAUAAUGCUGCAAAUGAUGGUGGAAAGUGUCGUGAAUGUGGAGACGACAUAGAAAGUGAUGAUCUAGCAGGUAUUGGAGUUGGAUGUCCCCACCAAAACUUUGGUCAGACAUCUUGUAUCUCUGGAGGUAGGAUUGAUGCCAGUUGUUGUGUUGAUGCCCACUUCAAUACUGCAUGCCACUACCGCCCGACCAUGUCGGGGGUACUUUGUUGUCGCCAGCCAACUGAGUUCAAAGCAGCGGAGAAGCCAAGGAUCCUGGUUCGACCACGGCCAGUGAUGCAAGUAACCACUGGUCAAAUUUUCCUGCUGACCUGUCAGGCCCGUGGAACCCCACCUCCUCGCACCCAGUGGUACAAGGAUGGAACGCAGAUUACUAAUGGCAAAAGGCGCAUUCAGAUUCUCUCUUCAGGUGACCUACUGGUAACCAUGGCAAGGAGGGCAGAUUCUGGUUUGUACAGUUGUGAGGUCAUCAACAGUGAGGGCAUAGAUAUGGCAAGCUCCAUUGUGGUCAUCCGAGAACACCUGUCAGGAUGUCGCGAUGGCUCUACGGAAGGAUUACAAACCCAUGAGUAUGUUCAUGCAUGUGCUGGAAAAUGGGCAGGCCAUGUAAGGAAGGGUCGGAGUUUAUGUAGGAAAGGCUGGAAGGUGUGUAGCCCUACAGACUCAGAGGUUCUACGUGACCUGUCCUGGAUGGACGUGUUUGAUGUUGAUGGUUGUUUUGCUUACAAUGCAGCCAGUCGUCAAGGCACCUGUCGAAGAUGUAAAAAAGGAAACAUGGCAGGAUUUGGAAGAAAAUGUGGGAAACUUAGAUAUUCUAAGCAGUCCUGUCUGUCUCAGGGUCGAAUAGAUGUGUUCAAGGUGAAAGACAAGAUGAAGGGAUGUUCCUAUAGAGAAGGAGUAACCUCUGGGGUAUUGUGCUGUAAAAAGUCAGCAUCCAAAUCACCAACACAGAAACCAUUGCCAUCCCCGAAUUGUACUCCUCCGUGUGUGAACGGUGGUAAAUGUGUUGGUCACAACACAUGUCAUUGUCCUCCGGGAUAUAAAGGCGCUAUGUGUCAGAAUCCUGUGUGUACUAAAACCUGUGGUGCACGAGCAGCGUGCAUCAAACCAGAGAAGUGUCUCUGUCUGCCAGGAUUCACAGGAAAGGGAUGUAGACGCAAACUCAAACACAUCUGUAAAACCCCGUGUCUAAAUGGAGGGCGCUGUCGAAAGGGAAAGUGCAAAUGUGGGCCAACACAUUAUGGCAAAUCAUGCGAACAUUUAUUGGAAAGUUUGAAGUUAUCACAUCUAAAUCGAACAGAACGAUGAGAUCUGGAGAUGUCUUACCAGUGACUUUUUGUGAUAAAUUUCUGAAAUCGCUGCCAAGGGACACAACCAUAAGCACAAUCGAUUGACAUGUCCAUACUUGUAGUCCUGAAACUUUGUGGUCGGUUUCAUACACUACAGUGAUAGUUGAAGUUAUGAAUCUCUGAAACAGACACACUGUAUGUAUGAUGACUGCAGAAUUGUGAUAUCCCAGUGAUGAUACGUAUUGGUACAACAAAGAUGUCACAGAUUCAUUGGCAUUGUUUGAUAUUAAUACUGAGAUGUGUUCACCUGUGUACCAAGUAACCAAGUCUUUAUUAAUAAGAAAGACAUUUAAACAAAGGCUUUUCAUGUUAAAAAAUGGUUACCUUUUCAUGAAUGUGAUAAAAGUCAUGAUGGUGGAACACUGUUGAAGCUGUCAAAGAUAGACUAAAAUAUUGAUAGGUAUCACAGAAAUCAAGCUUAUAUCACAGAGUGCAGGGUCUGUGACAGGUUUGUCUGUGAAAAUAUGGCUGAACCUACAACAGGAGUAAGUCAGGAGGUGUUAGGUCACCAUGGGAUUCUGUGGACAAGAAUAAUGACAUGGUAUGAUGCUUGGUGUAUAACCAGACCUCUUCAUACAGGCUAUGAUGGACCGAUUUGUAUGGAGAGUGAUACCUGCCAUGGACAGUGAUGGUUCUUGUCUACUUAGUGUGACAGUUACCUGUCUGAUAAAAGUGUUCAUUAGAGAUAUUCAAAGACAAUAUGAAGGGCUGUGUGUAAAUAAAUAAAGCAGUGUUCUUUAGUCUGUAAAAAGCUUGUAAAUAAUCUUUUAUUUAUACUUCCACAUCUACAAAGUCCCAUAACUCUUGUCAAUUCAGGGGGAAAUCUCCCUGACUCUCUUGGAUAAAAUUGGUUUCAGAUUAGAAA